AUGGACAGCGAUGGCCUGGGUGGACGGAUAGCACCACAACAAGAUUUCUCCCUAACACCCUCGUUCGUCAACCACCCACCCAACGUCAAUUCCAUCGGCGAACGCUUCGCACUCGUCUCCGCCCUUACACCGCCUGCAGAACCACCUCCUUCGACGUUGGGGAGUGUUACACGUGCAAGGCCGUUGGUUGGGCCUCGUAUGAGCGGGUUUCGUGGGUUUGAACAGCGAAGGAAGGCUCCUGGGCAUCGCCCUCGGCACCCUCCCUCGCAGCCCGAGGCCUUCUCCUUCCUUCGCCGCGUCUUCCCAGAUGCUCUCCACGGACGACGAUGGCGGCCUCGGUGGGCGAACGAUGUUGUACGGCUAUACGUGGUCUCCAUCGACGGCACCGCUGGGAUUCGUGGUCUGCGUGGUGGACGGGGAAAAGAGACGAUGAAGGACGGAGGGUUAAGCUCGACGUUCGGGGGCGAGCUGCGGCGUGAUGACGAAGAUCCUCGCCGUCGCCGCGUCCUUCGCCUUCAACACCCUCUACACCAUUCCUGGCUGCCGUUAUCCAAGACCACCGACGUAUUUCAUGUCUAG